GGUUAGCAACCAGUUAGUAGCAGGAUACGCCACAACUUCUGGGAGCAGGAAAGACUUCUAGCUUCCUAGUGGACACCUUUACUAGCGUUUGCCUAUAUUCUGUGAAAAGGAAGAAAUCAGCUAAAUUUUCAAAAUGCCAGUGGACACGCAAAAUGAGGUGGACAGUGAAACUGAAUCAGAAAAAGAAGCCAAGUAUUCUGCCAUUGUGAGAAGAAAGCCCGAAAAUGACCUUGAUGUUCCAGUAGUCCCUAAAAUUGAACUCCCAUUAUCUGUAAUAACCAUCAUCUCUAAGAUUGAGCAAGCACAGCUCCGUCGAGUCAGAGAGCACAUGACUAUGCACCUGGCUGAGAUAAUGAACAAUGUGCAUCAGAUAAUAACUCGCUAUCCUGUUGAUCUUAACGUGGCCUCUGGAAGGACUAUCGCCAAUAUAGAAUAUAAUAAAAAAAAGAGAACCGGUAUUUCAGAGAAAAUGAUUACUUUUGCUCAGAAUGCUGACAUUAAAGAAAAGACUUUUGCCUACAUUCUGUCCUGGCUAGAAGAAUGGAGUGCUCUUUUGUCUGAUAUGACUGUAAUUGAUAUUGAUGAACACCACCACUGGAUAGCACAAAUGGAGAUGUUACCAGACACAUUAAAAACUAUUGAAAACAAUGUGAAGACACUGAGUAGAUUCAGUGCAUCUUUCUUCGAAGAUAAGAGAAAACAAAAGAAAAAAACAUUAUCAAGAGGUAUUCUAUGGAAAACUUGGAAAGAACGAGUUAUAAAGCGACCUGCAACAGCCCAUCCUUUAAGACCAGAUCAGAUGAUUAAUGAUCAAUUUGCAACAAAUAUAAAGGUUUCAGAAAUCCAAGAUAUGCUACAGGAACUCAUAGGCACUUCAAUAUUCAAUAAAUUGGAAAACAAUGCUAUUAAAUAUAUAUCAACAACAAUAAUAAACCUUUCUAAAGCUUUGAGUUUGCUAAGUGAUGAAUUAAAAGUUGUUAACUUCCAAGGUAGCAAUAUUUAUGUAGAUGAAACAAGUGAUAAAAGAACAGAUCUUUCCAUGAAGAUGAUACAAGAUCUCAGUGAAGAAAAUGAAAUGCUUCAGCAGAAACUUCAAGACGCAGAAGAAAAAUAUGAACAACUUCAAACCAAAGUUGUUACAGAACGCCAAAUAUAUACAGCAUUGCCCACUUCAUCAACCUCGAAAAUGUUUCCUGGACCUUCUUCACAGUCAUCUAUUGCUGUUACCAAAGCUGGUGACAUAGAUGACAAUAUGGAAAAUAUUUUCACCAAAGAAUUUGGAGAUAUUGUAGAGGAAGCCCCCUCAAAAGUGAUCAAAGGCUCUCGGAAAAAGUGGGGCUCAACUCUUUCAUAUACAGCCCAACCUGAAAUCAUUCCAGAUUUAACUGAAAAACAACCACCUUUACCUGAAAAAAAACAGAAAAAGCCUCCUGAAGGUGAUAUCUAUGAGAAAGAUGAGACUGACGAGUAUCAAUCACAGAAAAGGAAGUACACAAAAGGCUUACAUGCCAGUGAAACCUCUGGAUCAAAUCUGAGUGAUAAUAAAAGUGAACAGAAAGUUUCCGAGGCCAAACUUAAUCAACCUGAGCUACAAACACUGGGAAAGAAAAAUGAAAGGAAAAGAAAUGAAAGGAAAUUAUUUUCUGAAGCCAAAUCAAAGUCACCCACUGAAUCACAAAGCCAACAUUUCCUUUUUACUGAAACAAAGAGCCAAAGUGGCAAAGAUGGAACAAGUAGCUUGUGGGAGCAACUCAAGAAAGGCAAACAUAAAUAUUCAUCUGUCAAAAGCCCAAUUUCAUCAGAGAUUAAAGUAAAACCCACCACUGAGUCAAUGGAGAAAGAGAGCAAAAGUGAGAUGAGUAGCCUAGCGGAGAUACUCAGGAAGAGUCAAUCAAAUUAUACCUCUGAACCAAAGAAGGAAAAAAAACUUAAAAAACACCAAAUCUCUUCAGAAACUACCACAAGCAAAGAAGAAAAAACCAAAAAGAAGGAAAUUUUAGCCUUCACCAAAAAAGCCAAGACUCCUCAACUUGUUAAAUCAUACUCAAGAAUACCAAAAAGGACUUCGGAAUCUACCAGAUCUCUAGAAAGUGAAGAUGACAAAAGUGAACAGACUAACCUAGAAGAAUUUCAGGAAGCCAUAAUGGAUUUCCUAAAGGAGAAAAUUGAUAACAUAGGAAAGCCUUUUGACAAAAAGACUGUGCUGAAGGAAGAGGAGUUAUUAAAAAGAGCAGAAGUUGAAAAAUUGGGAAGCAUAAAGGCAAAAAUGGAGGAAUAUUUCCAAAAAGUGGCUGAAACUGUGACUAAAAUCUUGAGGAGAUACAAAGAUAUAGAAAAGGAAGGACAAGUUGAAGAGAAACUUAUGAAACAAAAAAAGAUAGUUUCAUUUAUGCCAGGAUUACAUCUUCAGAAGUCACCAAUUAAUGCAAAAUCUGAAAGUAGUACCUUCCCCUUGUAUGAGAGCACAGAUCCAGUAAUUAACAAUUUACUACAAAUGAUCUUGGCUGAAACAGAAAGUGAAAGAGAUGUUCCAACAGUCUCAGUAGGAGGGAAAGACCACAAGAAGGAAAAACAAAGGCAGAAGGAAUAUUUGCAAGAGGGUCAAGAAAAAAUGUCUGGCAUAAGUCUCAAACACCAGUUGCUAGAAAAAAGAAAGCUUUCAAAGGACAGUGAUGAGAAGAUAAACAAUAAUUUGGAGGAGAAAAAGGCAUGGCUCCAGAUGGAGGGAACGCAAGGACAACAGAAGCAGAAAGAGGGGCAGGACGAAGUGUCGAAGAAACAGCAAAAACAGAGAGUUCAAAAGCAGAUUGAGCAAGACGAGAAGCAAAAGCAAAGGGGAAAGGAGGAGGAAGAGCAUCAGAAGCCUGCGCAGCAGCAGAUGGAAGCACUGAAGCAAAAAACGAAAGAGCAAGAGAUACUCUUCGAAAAGGAGAAUGAAGACACGGGGCAGGUUCAGAAGGACGCAGGAGAUCUGGAGCUGAAAAUGAGAGUGAAGAAAGAGAAGAAGCAGAAGCCAGGGAGAGAGGUAGAGGACCAAGAAAGGCAGAGGCAGAAUGAAGCAAAGGAUCAGAUGAAGAUUGAGGAGGAAAAACCUGAAGAGAUAGUAAAAAUGGUCACCCAAGCUCCAGUGACAUCAUCUUUCAAGCAGAGAUUAUUGGAAGAUGUAGCCAAUUUAAACGAAGAAAGAGAAUUCCAUAGGAAUCUGAAGACUUCAGAGAUUUUUCCUGAUCAAAAGAAGUCCAUACCAAUAAUUCCAACCACUUCCACACAAUCCUCCCCAUCUGAGGUCCUUCCCAUUUCUGGAGAGCCUAUGACAAAGCACAUCACUCUCACCUCUCAGCAGGCCCAGGACCCAGGGAUCACUCUCACCCCUCAGAAGUCUCAGGCUCAGGGGAUCACUCUCACCCCUCAGAAGGCUGAGGAUCAGGGGACCACUCUCACCCCUCAGAAGGCUGAGGAUCAGGGGACCACUCUCACCCCUCAGAAGGCUGAGGAUCAGGGGACCACUCUCACCCCUCAGAAGGCUGAGGACAUCACUCUCACCCCUCAGAAGUCUCAGGCUCAGGGGAUCACUGUCACCCCUCAGAAGUCUCAGGCUCAGGGGAUCACUGUCACCCCUCAGCAGGCUCAGGCUCAGGAGACCACUCUCACCCCUCAGAAGGCUCAGGCUCAGGGGAUCACUCUCACUCCUCAGAAGUCUCAGGCUCAGGGGAUCACUGUCACCCCUCAGAAGGCUCAGGCUCAGGAGACCACUCUCACCCCUCAGAAGGCUCAGGCUCAGGGAAUCACUCUCACCCCUCAGCAGGCUCAGGCUCAGGAGACCACUCUCACCCAUCAGAAGGCUCAGGCUCAGAGAAUCACUCUCACCCCUCAGAAGGCUCAGCCUCAGGGGAUCACUCUCACCCCUCAGAAGUCUCAGGCUCAGGAGACCAUUCUCACCCCUCAGAAGGCUCAGGCUCAGGAGACCACUCUCACCCCUCAGAAGGCUCAGGCUCAGGAGACCACUCUCACCCCUCAGAAGGCUCAGGCUCAGGAGACCACUCUCACCCCUCAGAAGGCUAAGGCUCAGGGGAUCACUCUCACCCCUCAGAAGGCUAAGGCUCAGGACAUCCCUCUCACCCCUCAGAAGUCUCAGGCUCAGGGGAUCCCUCUCACCCCUCAGAAGUCUCAGGCUCAGGGGAUCCCUCUCACCCCUCAGAAGGCUAAGGCUCAGGGGAUCACUCUCACCCCUCAGAAGUCUCAGGCUCAGGGGAUCACUCUCACCCCUCAGAAGUCUCAGGCUCAGGACAUCCCUCUCACCCCUCAGAAGUCUCUGGCUCAGGGGAUCCCUCUCAUCCCUCAGAAGACUCAGGCUCAGGAGAUCACUCUCACCCCUCAGAAGGCUCAGGCUCAGGACAUCCCUCUCACCCCUCAGAAGACUCAGGCUCAGGGGAUCACUCUCACCCCUCAGAAGACUCAGGCUCAGGAGAUCAUUCUCACCCCUCAGAAGUCUCAGGCUCAGGAGAUCACUCUCACCCCUCAGCAGGCUCAGGCUCAGGAGACCACUCUCACCCCUCAGAAGGCUCAGGCUGAGGAGAUCGCUCUCACCCCUCAGCAGGCUCAGACUCAGGGGAUCGCUCUCACCCCUCAGAAGGCUCAGGCUCAGGAGAUCACUCUCACCCCUCAGAAGGCUCAGGCUCAGGAGACCGCUCUCACCCCUCAGAAGGCUCAGACUCAGGGGAUCGCUCUCACCCCUCAGAAAGCCCAGGCUCAGGAGAUCACUCUCACCCCCCAGCAAGCUCAAACUCAGGGGAUCACUCUCACACCUCAGCAGGCUCAGGCUCAGGAGAUCACUCUCACACCUCAAAAAGCUCAGGCUCAGGGGAUCACUCUCACCCUUCAGAAGGCCCAGGCUCAGGAGAUCACUCUCACUCCUCAGAAGGCUCAGGCUCAGGGGAUCACUCUCACCCCUCAGAAGGCUCAGGCUCAGGGGAUUAUUCUCACCCCUCAGGAGGCUCAGGCUCAAGGGAUCACUCACACCCCUCAGAAGGCUCAGGCUCAGGGGAUCACUCUCACCCCUCAGAAGUCUCAGGCUCAGGGGAUCACACUCAUCCCUCAGAAGGCCCAGGCUCAGGAGAUCACUCUCACCCCUCAGAAGGCUCAGGCUAAGGGGAUCACUCUCACCUCUCAGAAGGCUGGGACUCAGGGGAUCACUCUCACCCCUCAGAAGGCUCAGGCUCAGGGGAUUACUCUCACCCCUCAGAAGGCUCAGGCUCAGGAGAUCACUCUCACCCCUCAGAAGGCUCAGGCUCAGGAGAUCACUCUCACCCCUCAGAAGGCUCAGGCUCAGGGGAUUACUCUCACCCCUCAGCAGGCUCAGGCUCGGGAGAUCACUCUCACCCCUCAGAAGGCUCAGCCUCAGGGGAUCACUCUCACCCCUCAGAAGGCUCAGCCUCAGGGGAUCACUCUCACCCCUCAGAAGGCUCCGGCUCAGGGGAUCACUCUCACCCCUCAGAAGGCUCAGCCUCAGGUGUUCACUCUCACCCCUCAGAAGGCUCCGGCUCAGGACAUCACUCUCACCCCUCAGAAGGCUCAGCCUCAGGUGUUCACUCUCACCCCUCAGAAGGCUCAAGUUCAGGGGAUCACUCUCACACCUCAGAAGGCUCAGGCUCAGGGGAUCACUCUCACCCCUCAGAAAUCUCAGGCUCAGGGGAUCACUGUCACCCCUCCACAGGCCCAGGCUCAGGGGAUUACUCUCACCCCUCAGCAGGCCCAGGCUCAGGGGAUCACUCUCACCCUUCAGCAGGCACAAGACCUGGGGAUCCUUCUCAACCCCCAGCAGGCCCAGGCAGGGAUCACUGUCACCCCUCCACAGGCCCAGGCUCAGAGGAUCACUCUCACCCCUCAGCAAGCCCAGGCUCAGGGGAUCACACUCACCCUUCAGCAGGCACAAGACCUGGGGAUCCUUCUCACCCCCCAGCAGGCCCAGGCUCAGGGGAUCACUGUCACCCCUCCACAGGCCCAGGCUCAGGGGAUCACUCUCAGCCCUCAGCAGGCCCAGGCUCAGGGGAUCACUAGCAGGGUACAAGACCUGGGGAUCACUCUCACCCCCCAGCAGGCUCAGGCUCAGGGGAUCACUCUGACCCUUCAGCAGGCACAAGACCUGGGGAUUACUCUCACCCCCCAGCAGGCUCAGGCUCAGGGGAUCACUCUUACCUUUCAGCAGGCCCAGGACCUGGGGAUCUCUCGCACCCCUAAGAAGCCCCAAGUUUUUGGUGUCACACUUACACAUGAGCAGGCCCAGGCACUGAGGCCUUCUGUCACUCUAGAACAAGCCCAGACAUUGAAAGUUCCUAUCACUCCUAAGUAUACCAAGGUACUAAAGGCAUCUGUCCUCUCUGAACAGACCCAGGCAAUGCAAUUCCCACUAACUACUGAACAGGCCCAGAGAUUUGGGGUCCCUAUCACCCAAGAACAAGCCAAGGCACUGGGAGUCACUCUUAUGCCAGAGCAGACCCAGGCAUUUAGCCUGCUCACUCCUGAGCAGGCUCAGGGACUGGAGCUUUCUCUCACCCCUGAGCAAGUCCAACCUUUGGGAGUCCCCUUAACCCCAGGACAGAUCCAGUCUGCAGGUAUUACUCUCAUAUCUGAGCAUGACCUGAAAUUAAGGGGUUCUCGCACACCAGGUGCUCCUCACAUUCCUAAGCAACCCACCACGUCAGCUCCUUCUGCUUAUAGACCAUUUCAGGGAUUGAAGCCUUCUGUCCCCACUAGGCAAUCCAUUAUAUCUCCAAGCUUUAGGCAGUUCCCGGCAUCAUCUGCUCCCAUCACAGAGGAGUUUCCUACAUUUGGGAUAUCUUCUCCUCCUUUGCAGAUAUCAGGGCCUCCUCUCACCCAACACCUUUUUGCCCCUGGGAAGCCCCCAGAAAUGGGGAUUCUUCCUGAACCUAAGAAACUCCUGGAACCACAGACCCUUCCUUCCUCUUCACAGACUCUGAUAUAUAGAGGUCCAUCCACUCCUGCACAGUUCCUAGCACCAGAGGUUCCUCCUACCCUUGGACAGCUCCCAAUAUCUGGGUCCCCUCCCACUCCAGGGAAGCCCUUUGAACUGGAGGCCCCUAACUCUAGGCAGUUCUUCCUAUCUAGGGCCUCUCUGACUCCCCGGCCACCUUUAAUGUUGAAGGCCCCUCUUGCUCCAAGGCAGCCUCUUGUAUCUGGAAUACCAUCCACUUCUGGACAGAUUCCCAGUCUCUGGGCUCCUCUUUCUCCUGGGCAGCCCUUGGUUUCUGGGAUCUCUUCCAUCCCCAAGCAGCUCCUGGAAUCCAAACCCGUAACCCUCUCUGAGUGGUCCCAGGCAUUCCAGCUUCCUGCCACCGCUGAGCAAUCUCCCUAUAUGCAGGCCCCUUCUACCCUUGGGCAGCAUCUAGCACCAUGGAUCUUUCCUGGGCAAGCUCCCCUAUUAUGGAUUUCUGGGUAUCCCCACCCACCCUUGGCCCCCCUAACCCAUGGAAAGCCCCAGAAAGGUUUGUCCUCUUCUGUUGCUAGGAGAAGACUGGCAAUUAUUUCUUCUCUGAAAUCUAAAUCAGCAUUGGUCCAUCCCAAUGCUCCAGAUUUCAAGGUACCUCAAGCUCCUUUAACCACUAAGAAGGUCCAAAUGUCAGAGGUCUCUGAUACUUAUGAAGGAACCCAGGCAUACCAAGAUGCUUUUGCCAUAGAACCAUUGAGAACAGUUCAGUCCUAUCUCACCAAUUAUAUGACACCAGUAUCACGAACCCCUUAUAUGAAGCCUAUAACAUCACUACCUUCUCUUACUACUCAACUACUCAAAACAUCACAGAUCUCACCUUCGGAACGGGACCGGAGAUCCCGAUUCCCCCGGACCAAGAAACCCAAGAUGAUGGUGCCCCCUUCUUCUCCCCAGGGGCUUGAAGACAAGAGGUAUUUUGUUGAUGUAGAGGCUCAGAGGAAGAACCUGAUACUAUUAAAUCAAGCCAAAAAAACUUCUGGACUCCCUUCACAGCUAUACACAACAGCUAGGAAUCUCAUAAUUGAGACACUUCAUAUGGACACAGUUCGGCUGGGAUACCUAUUCCGCAAGUACAUUGCCUAUAGGCUGAUCCAGAGUGCCAGAAACAACAUAAUCAAACGAUUAAAAGCCACCCAAAACACUGGGAAAGGUUAUGAGACCCAGAACCUCUACAUAACACUGAUCAGAAUUGAUGACUACCAGAAAAAGGUUAUGCGGGUCUGGACUGAGAAGCAGAAGUCUCUAGAGCAGAAACGCAAUCAGUGCCUGAGGGAAAUGAUUCACUUAUUUGGCCAGCUCAAAGAGAUAUAUGAAUUGAAUCUUAAGCAACCUAUCCCCUUGAUCAUUGAGAAAAAGCAGAUACCUGCCUCUACCAAACCUGUUCAACAGCCAUUGCCAGACUUACUAAUGAUAGAAGAUGACACAAAAUCUGACAUGUUGAAGAAAUUUAGGCAACAAGAAGACCAGAUGGAGGCCAUGUGGAAUAUUGAUAUUUCUGUUUCAAGCUACCCAAUAGAAGAGAAGACAUCAAUGCAUUCACUCUGGGCCCAGCUGGGUGGAUACCCAGAUAUUCCUAGGCUGCUUCAGUUAGAUAUUCAGUCUACCUUCAGAAAAUCUCUUGCAUCCAUUCAAUCACAGUUUAAGAAUAUUCCCAAGUGACUGAAAAAUUAAAUACAAGCAUGUUGAAAGUAAAUUUUGUUAUAUUUCAAUAAAAUGUCUAUUUUG